GUGUGUGUGUGUACUUCCCUCUGAGCUCUGGGUUUCACAGUGAGCAUGGCGAGGCUCACACACACUUCGCGGCGGUUGUACCGGAGCUCUCGGGAAUAAACCGCUUUUAUCAGCUCGAGCGCGGAUUCCGGGAUGUAAACUCGAGCGUUAAUUCGGUUUAACGGCACUGGUUUUUUUUUUUCUCACUCUGAUGCUGUUGCUUCUGGUACCUGCGGAAUUUCCUCUCCGUAAGCUCACGCUGGCCCCUUUGCACUAGUUCGAACUCCAGCCACUAAAGAGGAUGAUUGAAGACGUAGGGAGGAGAGGAAGGACGAUGGCCGACAAGAGGCAGAUCUUCACAGAGAUGAAAGCGCAGAAUUUCGACUUGAUCCGGCUCUCUACAUAUCGCACAGCCUCCAAACUCCGCUUCGUCCAGAAGAAAUGCAACCUGCACCUGGUGGACGUGUGGAACAUGAUCGAGGCGUAUCGGGACAACGGCUUGAACACGUUGGAGCACAGCACCGAGCUGAGCGUGUCCCGGCUGGAGACCAUCGUCUCGUCCAUCUACUACCAGCUCAACAAGCGUCUGCCCACCACCUACCAGAUCAACGUCCAGCAAAGCAUCAGCCUGCUGCUCAACUUCCUGCUGGCUGCACACGACAGUGAUGGCCAGGGGAGCGUGACGGUGUUCUCCAUUAAGGUCAUGCUGGCUAUACUGUGUGGAGGGAAGAUUGUGGAUAAACUGCGCUAUAUUUUCUCUCAGAUCUCUGACUCUCACGGUGCGAUGAUUCUCUCCAAGUUCGACCUCUUCCUGGUGGAGGCACUUAAACUGCCGACCGCAGUGUUCGAGGGACCGUCCUUCGGCUACACACAAAACUUCGCCCGCUCCUGCUUCCCACAACAGAAGAAGGUGAUGUUGAACACGUUUCUGGACACGAUGAUGGCUGAUCCUCCUCCUCAGUGUCUCGUCUGGUUGCCCCUCAUGCAUCGCCUCGCUAAUGUGGAGAACGUCCUUCACCCGGUCAGCUGUUCGUAUUGCCGCAGUGAGAGCAUCCUUGGUUUUCGGUACCGCUGCCAGCAGUGCUUUAACUACCAGCUGUGUCAGACGUGCUUCUGGCGUGGUCAUGCCAGCGGAAACCAUAGCAACCAGCACCAAAUGAAGGAGCACUCGUCCUGGAAAUCUCCUGCUAAGAAGUUGGGCCGUGCCAUUAGUAAAUCGUUUGGGUGUGUACCGAGCCGAGAACCGCCUCACCCCAUCUACCCUGAGGACCCUGAGAGACCACUCGACCUCUCAAACAUCGUUCCACCCCGUCCUGCUCCAAACAACAUGACUGUCUCAGCACCGCCCCCUUCUGGAAGCCCCGCCCCCAACCAAAGGGUGCAGGGUAUAGCUGCUGCUCAGCGUCUGAAUGAGGAACACGCAUUGAUUGCAGCUUAUGUGAACAAACUGCAAUCGAGCCCACGUGCUAUGGACAGUCCCAGCCGAAUGGAUGAGGAACACAAGCUAAUUGCUCGAUACACGGCUCGGUUAGCGUCGGACCCUGGCAACAAUGCUAGAUCUCCACAGCUGGACUUGGACAGUAACAAGCAUCAGCGACAGCUCAUAGCAGAACUGGAGAACAAAAACAGGGAGAUCUUGCAGGAGAUCCAGCGGCUGCGUUUGGAGCACGAGCAGGCGUCCCAGCCCACUCCAGAGAAAGCUCAGCAGAACCCCACACUGCUGGCUGAACUGCGGCUGCUCAGGCAGAGGAAGGAUGAGCUGGAACAGAGGAUGUCUGCUCUGCAGGAGAGCAGGAGGGAGCUAAUGGUGCAGCUAGAGGGACUGAUGAAACUACUGAAGGAAGAGGAGCAGAAACAGGCUGCCCAGGCAGCAGGCACUCCUCAAAGUUCUCCCAGCCACGCCGCCUCUCGUCCAAUCCCCAUGCCCGUUCGCUCCACAGGCUCCACGCCCACCCACACUGGCCACGCCCCCUCCCAUGUGCCUCAGGACUCUCUGGCUGGAGUGGGCGGAGACGUGCGCGAGGCUUUUGCUCACGGAGCACGCAGAAACCUACGUAAUGAUCUUCUCGUGGCAGCUGACUCCAUCACCAACACCAUGUCCUCCUUAGUCAAGGAGCUACACACUGAGGAAGACGGAGUGGAGGAAGACGAGAGACUGCGGAAUGGAAAAGACAGAGGUGCGGCGGUUGGACAGGUGAGAGCCACCGCUCAGCAGACUCCACCCAGAGAAAUGAAGCGCUCCGUUCACACACCGCUGUCGUCAUGAUGAUGAUGAUGAUGAUGACGACGAUGAUGAUGACGACGAUGAUGUAGGAAGAAGCACGACAGUGAGCUGGUGGUCUCGCAUCAGCCAAUCAGAGAAGAGCUUCAGGAGCCACUGUUUAUAACUGAUUAUAAUUUUUGAAUGGAAGAUCCUGUUGUUUUAUUUUUUUUUUUCUGUUUAGGUUUGGUUUGUUUGUUUGUUUGUUUGCUGAAUGGCUGUUUCAUUAAUAAGCUCAGUUUGAUUUUGCUGAUUUGUUUUGUUGAAAGCUAGGGAAAAAAAAAACUACUGAUUAGGCCCCGGUUUUGGACUGCGGACGGAGGACGAGGACGAGGAGCCACUUCUGAGUGACGGUUCGAAGGUUUUGUGGGUUGGAGAAAGUAUAGAAAUGAAGGAUGAAUGAAGGAGGAAAGAGGGAUGAGGUGGGAAAGGUGAUGAAGGUGAAAGAGAAAGAGAAAGUGAUGUGAUGAGUGAAUCGUGCAUGUCGCUGUUACAUGGUUAAAGGGAGGAUUCGUUAGUGUGCGCUGUGUUUAAGGAACGCGACUAAACCAUUUUGUGCUGGUAAUUAAUUUAUUUUUUUUUGAUGUGUUUGUGACUUUAUUUAUUUUCAUCGGACAGCUUUUAAGCUCUUGCAGGUGUACUUGUCAGAGGAGAUCAUCAUGAUCGUUAAUCUUUGGGCUCCAGGCAAAAAUGAAGCCUAGUUUCAGACUAAAUCAUUAUUAUUAUUUUUAUUUUUUUAGUCUAAGGCUAGACUUCAUCUGCGUUCCGUUGUGGAUCGACCUGUUUCAUUGGGCAGCAUGUUAACAGGAAAUCAACACCGGUAGGCAUCAUCAUCACUGAUCGUGUUUAUCUUUACUUGAAAACGGAUUCUGAUCUAGUGGCAGCUAUUUUUUUGGUGCUGAACACGACUAGACUACUCUUAGUGUGCUUUCACACCUAUUGAUCCGUUUGCAGAGUCUGAAUCAGAGCGAAAUUGACUCUUUCGAUUCGCUUGGUUUGGUUUGUUUUCACACCUAAACGAAGUGUGAAAAACAUUGUCUGAGGGGCAUGUAGGGCUGAAGACGUCCUUGUAAAACUCUUGUUCAGAAUUACGUUGAUGGAUAAAGCUUAAAAAAAAUUACCAAGUACCCAAGCAUAGAGAACUCGGAGCUGGCGCUAAAUAAAUGACUGCAUAUUUCUAGAAAUAACAAUUUAAAACUUCUCAGUGUUUAUUUUCUUUUUUUUUUUAUUCUUCGGUCCACAUGGCAUUUCUACUGCGCUACAGAUCUGUCUCAGUUCAAAGCAUGUUUGAUUCACUUCCUGCAGUGAGUUGAAUCAGAGUCGAAUCUCUUUCUCACUAGAGUUCGCUUCAUGCAGUGAAUCAAUUCAGAGUCGAAUCGCUUUAUCACUAGAGUUCGCUUCCUGCAGUGAAUCGAUUCAGAGUUGAAUGUCUUUCUCUCUAGAUUUGGCUUCAUGCAGUGAGUUGAUUCAGAGUCGAAUCGCUUUCUCACUACAGUUCACUUGGACUUCAAGUGGACUGAGGCGGAGAACACACACCAAGAUUCUGUUCAAACGGACUACGUGAAAGCACUCUUAGCUAGCUAGAAAACACUUAACAAGUUAGUCUCAUAAGCGAAGUCAUUAGUCAUUUCAGCGAUAGAGUUCGCAUUUUCGAAGAAACUCUAUUAGAACUGUUUCGAAUUGCUGAAACAUUGAAUACGCUGCCUUUAUCUUCGUCGUACGCAAAAAUCCCGCCUGCCUUGUGUUUGAAACGCGGUGUUUGGAAAAGUAGCCCUCUGAAGUAUCUGAUCAUGGGUUCACUCCUUUUUGCUUGAGUUUGUGUAAAUAUUAAAAGUUAUAGAUGAUUUAGUUUUAUAGAACUUAUUUUAGGUACAGACAUAAAGAAGAAGGACAAGGAAUGAAUAUAAGUAUACUGUGUCAUGAACAGGAGCCGUACCCAUGAUGCCUCUGUUUGUAGUUUUUAAUUAAGCACUGUUCGUAGUUGCUCACUCGCUCUGUCUGUCUCUCUCUCACUCUCUCACACACACACACACACACACACACACACAUCCAUCUCUGACCUGCUGUGCUGUGUGCUUUUUAUACAGGUGCAUUUGUGUGUCUGUGUGUGUGUGUCUGUGUGUGUGUGUGUGUGUGGGAUUGUGUGAGAGUAAAUAAUGGUGGACUGUCACUAUAAUGAAGCUGCCUUUUAUUACCCGAGUCUCAAGUGGGAUUGUGGGAAAUGUAUUUUUUUUAGCCUUUAUCUGUUUUUGGAGGGAAAAAAAAAAUAAUCGCACAUAAUUCUGCCAAAAUGUCUUGCGGUGUUUCCCGUGUGUGUAUUCUCGGUUUAUAGACUUUAUAAAAAAAAAUAAUAAACAGCUGCGUCUUUUCCUCUUUUCAGUAUAAUCUUGUUUUACACACACACACACACACACACACGUGUCUUACUAUACUUAUAAGGACCUACCAUUGACAGAUUUAUUAAUGGAGGUAAUUUAAAGCUAUGCUACACUUAAAUCUAACCCCAGCCUUAAUCUCCAUUCCCCAAAAGGAAACUUCAGAGGUUUUUUGAGUUGUUCUUGUUCACUAUAUAAUGAAAGAGAUUUUCUCUUGUGAUCGUUUUUUCCCCCCUUGCAAUUGCUAAAAAAAAAAAUUUCAGGCUAGCAUGUUUAUCUGGACAUCAAAUAUUUGAUCAUAAAACGCCCAAAACACGGUCAGAUAUUUUCAGUUUACGCUUUUCAUUUCUAAUAUAAUUCGCUUGUUUGGUUUUUGUUGUUGUCGUAUCUGUGUACAUUAAUAACUACAUUUUGCGAGGUUUUUUGUUACACUUAAAAGUUAACCGUCUGUUAAAUAUUAUAUGCGCUUGGUUUAUGUUUCUUUGAAUAAAACGGAGAAGACAGGUGCCUCGGAGUGUUCAGCUGCCGAGCGAUUGUGAAGUAAAACGAUGAAAAUAGAGUUUCUAGACUUUAUAGAGCUCAUGAUUUAUUGUUAAAUGGAAUAACGAGUAAAUGCAGUCUGGUUAAAGGAGACACUUUUAAUAACAGCUGUUCAAAAAGCCUCGUUUUUUUACGCUUUAUUCACGCUUUAUUUUCGUUUGUGUGGUUGUUAAAGUGCACCAAGCCCUCGUAGUGUGCCAUGGACAGCGUGAGAGUAACUUUUAUCCGCUAAUCAGAAACCUCAACACUUUAUUUUGGCAAGAGAAACGACAUUUGCGAUGGUGGAACAGAAAAUAAUUUGUGCCGUUUCAUCUUUAAUUUUUGCUUCGCCUCAUGAUUUUUAAAAAAAAAAAAUCAAAAACAUCUUUUUCCCAGUUUCCACUGAGUGCUUUUUUUUUUUUCUUCUUCUUUUUUUUUAAUAAGUGGAGUUUCCUAUUUGCCUGUGUGUGUGUGUGUGUGUGUGUGUGUGCGUGUGUGUGUCAGGUUCGGGGGCUCAUGGUGCCGGUAACCAUCAGUUUUGUCCUCGUCCUCCUUGAGUCUCAUGACCGCCGUACAGACUGUGUUUCAUAUCAAACGAAUCGAAUCUGUCUCAGAUUUUUCAAAUGUAUCAAAAAUAAAUGCUAUUUUUAAAAGGAAA